UGGUGUAAGUAACCAGUGUAGUUAUCAUGACGUGUUCUGUCUGGGACUGACACAGACACAGCUGCCGAGCCAAUAUAUCGGCUUCCCGACAAUUUAAACGUGGUGUUUUCUGUAAUUAUAACCGCUUUUUGUGUCGGCAUGCAACACGUAUUCGCUCAUCGGCCAAAAUGAGGUGGUGACCCCAUGUCAGCCAAGAAAUGAUUGCAGCAUUGUACAAAGAAAGGACGGAGUAGAGCGACUGAGAGAGAAGAAUGGGAAGGAGCGUUUGGGGCUGCUGGCAAAGUGUUUUCUCCACUCCAGUUCUGUAUGGCUCAUUGGCCCUAUUUACCACCAUCCUCCACAAUGUUUUUCUGCUUUACUAUGUGGAGACAUUUGUGUCCAUCUAUAAGAUUGAUAAAAUCUCCUUCUGGGUGGGGGAGACAAUAUUCCUUAUCUGGAACAGUCUGAAUGACCCUCUCUUUGGUUGGCUGAGUGACCGCGCCUUCCUCAGCUCUCCUCAGACAGGCUCACAAAUCACAUCUCCAGAGGUGGUGCUGAAGCGCCUGAAGGCCCUUUCCACAAAUGGCCCUCUCUUCGCUCUGUCCUUCCUGGCAUUCUGGGUGUCAUGGGCUAGGCCCGGCCUGCAGUUCCUGCUAUGCUUGUGUCUGUACGACGGUUUUCUCACCAUGGUGGACCUCCACCACAGCGCCCUAAUGGCGGACCUCGCUGUGUCUGCAACCGAUCGCACGCGCCUCAACUUUUACUGCUCCGUGUUCAGCGCAUUGGGCUCCUUCUCUGUUUUUUUGUCUUAUUCUUUCUGGGACAAGGAGGAUUUUUACUUCUUCCGUCUUUUCUGUGUAACCCUGGCAGCCUUUUCCAUCCUCGGCUUUUUCUUUGUGUCUCGGUUGCUACAGCAACGUUUCAAAAAGGAAAUCCGUCCAAAGCAAGAUGAGCUGUCAGCACUUAAAGAGCUGAGUGUUGGUCACGCUCCAUUUACCAACCCAGAAAAACCUGUCACUAUCGGACAGUAUCUCAAGCAGCUCUCCAAACAAAGAAACUUCAUGUGGUUCGUCUCAAUGAACCUUAUUCAGGUGUUUCACUGCCACUUUAACAGCAACUUCUUCCCUCUUUUCCUUGAACAUCUCUUGUCUGACAAUAUCUCUGCCUCAACAGGUUCGAUCUUACUUGGAAUCUCUUUCAUUGCCCCCCACCUGAACAACUUGUAUUUCCUGACACUGUGCCAGCGUUAUGGGGUUUACCAGGUUAUCCGUUGGCUGUUUAUGCUCAAACUGGGACUUAGUGUGGUUAUGCUGCUUGCAGGGGCUGACCACGUUUAUCUGCUGUGCAUCUUCAUCGCUAGUAAUCGCGUGUUCACGGAGGGUACCUGCAAGCUACUGAAAUUGGUGAUUUCUGAUCUGGUCGAUGAGGACUUUGUGGUAAACCGACGUCAGCAGGCUGCCUCUGCUCUCCUCUUUGGGAUGGUUGCCUUGUUAACCAAACCUGGCCAGACUUUCGCCCCACUCAUCGGCACCUGGUUGCUUUGUGUUUACACAGGUUACGAUGUUUUUGUGAGGGAGCCUGUGAAGGAUUCUGUCUCGGUGUUUGACACUGCCUCUAACUCAGAGACUCCGCCUCUGCGCCUGGGCUGCUUCUACAUGUUGGUGUUCGUGCCUAUCACCUGUGCCCUGCUGCAGCUGGCCGCCUGGUCUCGCUUCACACUGCAUGGCCGAAAGCUGCAGGGAAUCAAGACCCUAAGGCAGGGGGCCCAGCAUGGCCACCUUAUCGAUGUCAAGGCCAUUUGAACUGAAGGGAGCUGCACUCGACACUUUUAAAUUAAUCACUUUUGAUAAUGUCAUAGAAGAAACAGAAAGCUGCUCUGACUUUAUUCUGCAGCUUCUGUGCUGAUAAUGAACUUUUACACAACAUGUUGCUUUGUGUAUGAUGAAAAAUGUACAUUGGGCUAAAAAAUCCCACUUGAAAGGACAUGAAACAUCUUUGAAAAGUGAAAUCUGCCUUAUUUUUAUAUUAGAUUUGAAAUUAUAUUUAUAUUUAAAACGGUGACCAAAAGCUAACAUGAAACCAAUCAAUCCUUUGGAUGUUUAUGGACCAAGAAAACAGCAUUUAGUGGUGCAGGCCAAACAUGCAGUGUCUUUUUAAAACUGUUUGUAAAACAUAACUGUGGUGUGGAGAACAGUCUGAAUGUCCUUGCUGCUAAACAAUAGUAACGUCCAACUGUAAUAUCAAAACUGGAGUGCAGGGUUACAACAGAACCAAGCUCUGCUGUCUUAACAACACAGAGACUGAAUAAAAUUGAGUUUUAUUCCGUGCCAUUAAUACUGCAUGAAUCCAGCAUUUUAUUGUUAAUUCUUUCACUCUUGACACAAAAACCUGCCAGUUUGAUGUUAACUGUAUUUUGUACUAAGUCCAGUAUUGAACAUGUUUUUGCACAGAACUGCCAUUUGUCUGUUGUACAUCUUGCAUUUGGAUUUUCAGGUACUUUGUGGAACAGUGGUCAAAAAUGAAAAUAGGAAAUUACGAAGGUAAUUGUAUUAUCAGCUCAUUUUUUCUAAUCUGAAUAUUUCAAAGAAUGUGAAAUACUUCCACAAAUAAACCUUAUCUAUGUUGACUUACA